AUGUCCUGUCUCUCGGGUGAUCGAACUAUAACCUCUCGCCCCAAAUUGACACUACAAACCACUGCCCUUCCACGCACUUUUGGCUCGUCGACGACGGGCCUUUCGCUGCCCUUUACUGCUGGAGCGGCCGCGUCGCCUACGGUUCGCAACACCUUCCAGAAUGCCUACGAUGUCCCAUCUCCGUCCUCUGCAUCCAUCUCCCCCAAGGGUUCUCACCGACUUUCGCAUAAACCCAUUUCUCCUUAUCUCUCAAAUCCGAGCAACCCCAACCAAAGCCAAAAUAACCACCCGCGCCCCUAUCAACAGCCGUUAGGCGUGCGCAGCAUCUUGCGCAACUCCCCACUCGACGCCGCAAGACGUUCUGGGUCAGUCUCGGCGGGAGCUAGUGGACCCGCCGGCGCAGGCGUUCGCCGGAAACAAGUAACCUACCGUCCCCAACUGGAAGAGGAGAUUCGCACUGUCCACUACACGGCGCAGCAUAUUGAUUUGAUCGAGGCUGUGCAAGACACGGCUGCCCCAGGACCCCAUGAUCUUCCCGACCCCACCGACUCAGACACCGAGUCAUCGGUGUCAGCAUCAGACUCCAGCACGUCAGAGGAUGGGAGCUCUGACGACGGAUCCAAGGAUCCGUCCUCGUCCAAAAUAAAGCGCAAGCGGAGGCGCUCCAUCCGCGCAGAUCGGCAGGUUAGGGCCGUUGCCCUGCUCGACGGAUUAGACUCGGACUCAUUCGCUUCAAAUACGCCGCCGACGCCGCAUCAGGGCCGUGAGAAACGGCGCAGGGAGUGGAAGUGGACCUUGGGGCCUCUGGAUCACAGCCCCGUGAGUCUUGCUUCUUCCACGACCACGCCGGAAUCCUUGUCAGCCUCGUCGGCGUGCACCUUGGACGAGGUCCGAUCGGAGCCCCAGCAGGCCGACCAAUAA